AUGGGGGAUACAAGAGACAUCUGUCCUCACCUGGAUUCCAUAGGAGAGGUGACCAGGGAUGAUCUGCUCCUCAAAUCCAAGGGAACUUGCCAGUCUUGUGGAGCUGUGGGACCAAAUCUCUGGGCUUGUCUUCAGAUUGGUUGUCCUUAUGUUGGUUGUGGGGAGUCCUUUGCUGACCACAGCACACUUCAUGCACAGGCCAAAAAGCACAACCUGACGGUGAAUCUGACCACUUUCCGUGUCUGGUGCUAUGCUUGUGAGAAGGAGGUGUUCUUGGACCAGCGGGUGACCACGCACCUGCCGUCACCGCCAGCCAAGUUCGCUGAACCGGAUUCUCCACUGCCUGCUCACCCUUUGAAAGCCGUUCCAAUUGCAGUGGCUGAUGAAGGCGAAUCUGAGUCAGAGGAUGAUGAUUUGAAACCAAGAGGCCUUACUGGAAUGAAAAAUCUUGGGAACUCCUGCUACAUGAAUGCAGCACUUCAGGCUCUCUCUAACUGCCCACCUCUCACACAGUUUUUUCUGGAAUGUGGUGGACUGGUCCGUACAGAUAAGAAACCAGCACUGUGCAAAAGUUACCAGAAGUUGGUGUCUGAGGUUUGGCAUAAGAAACGCCCCAGUUACGUUGUUCCAAGCAGCCUGUCCCAUGGAAUUAAACUGGUCAACCCCAUGUUCCGAGGCUAUGCACAGCAGGACACUCAGGAGUUCCUGCGGUGCCUGAUGGAUCAGCUUCACGAAGAACUGAAGGAACCAAUUGUUGCAGAGACGAGGGAUUUGGAUACCAGUGACCAGGAUGACAAGCGAGAGGGUGACCGAAGUCCUUCGGAGGAUGAGUUCCUCUCCUGUGACUCAAGCAGUGACAGGGGUGAAGGGGAUGGCCAAAGCCGGACCACAGGGAGUGUGGGGAGCAGCUCCCUGGCAGAGACAGAGUUGUUGAUCCAGGAUGAAGCGGGGAGAGGGAUCUCCGAGAAAGAGAAGAUGAAGGACAGAAAGUUCUCCUGUGGCCAUCGGCGCAGCAACUCCGAGCAGGUGGAUGAAGAUGCAGAUGUCGAUACUACUAUGAUGCCAGUUGAUGGUAGAGCCUCACCUGAGAUGCUGCCAGCUCCCUGUACUGCCAGCCCGUGUAGGACACCAGAACCUGACAAUGAUGCUUACGUGCGCUGCUCCUCACGCCCCUGCAGUCCAGUCCAUCAUGAAAUGCACUCCAAGCUCUCGAGCAGUCCUCCUCGCUCCAGUCCUGCCAGGCUUGGACCUUCCUACGUACUCAAGAAAGGUAGAGCAUAGAGUGCCUCUGGGAAAAAGAAGAAAGAGCUUCGUUACCGCAGUGUGAUUUCUGACAUCUUCGACGGCUCCAUUCUCAGCCUGGUGCAGUGCCUCACCUGCGACAGAGUUUCUACAACAGUGGAGACGUUCCAGGACCUGUCACUCCCAAUCCCAGGGAAGGAGGACUUGGCCAAGCUGCACUCUGCCAUCUACCAAAAUGUGCCAGCUAAGACAGGGACAUGUGGGGACAACUAUGCCUCCCAAGGCUGGAUUGCUUUCAUCAUGGAGUAUAUCCGGAGAUUUGUGGUGUCCUGUAUCCCUAGCUGGUUUUGGGGUCCUGUUGUGACACUGGAGGAUUGCCUUGCUGCCUUUUUUGCAGCAGAUGAAUUGAAGGGGGACAACAUGUACAGUUGUGAACGGUGUAAAAAACUGCGGAAUGGAGUAAAGUAUUGCAAAGUCCUGCGGCUACCAGAGAUUCUUUGCAUCCACUUGAAACGGUUCCGGCACGAGGUGAUGUAUUCCUUCAAGAUCAACAGUCAUGUCUCCUUCCCCUUGGAAGGGCUGGAUCUGCGACCUUUCCUAGCCAAGGAGUGUGUCUCCCAGAUCACCACCUAUGAUCUCCUGUCAGUCAUCUGUCACCAUGGCACAGCAGGCAGUGGGCAUUACAUUGCCUACUGCCAGAACGUGAUCAAUGGCCAGUGGUACGAGUUUGAUGACCAGUAUGUCACUGAAGUCCACGAGACCGUGGUACAGAACGCAGAAGCCUAUGUCUUGUUCUACAGGAAAAGCAGUGAAGAGGCUGUGCGAGAGCGUCAGAAAGUUGUGUCCCUUGCCAGCAUGAAGGAGCACAGUUUACUGCAGUUCUACAUCUCUCGAGAGUGGCUCAAUAAAUUCAACACCUUUGCUGAGCCAGGUCCCAUCACCAAUCACACCUUUCUGUGCUCUCAUGGAGGGAUCCCCCCUAAUAAAUACCACUACAUCGAUGACCUGGUUGUGAUUUUGCCCCAGAACGUGUGGGAGUAUCUCUACAACAGGUUUGGGGGUGGCCCUGCUGUGAACCAUCUGUACGUCUGCUCCAUUUGCCAAGUGGAGAUUGAAGCGCUUGCCAAACGCAGGAGGAUUGAAAUCGACACCUUCAUCAAGCUGAACAAGGCGUUCCAGGCAGAGGAGUCUCCAAGUGUCAUCUACUGUAUCAGCAUGCAGUGGUUCCGUGAGUGGGAAGCCUUUGUCAAGGGGAAGGAUAACGAGCCUCCCGGGCCCAUCGACAACAGCAAGAUUGCCCUCACAAAAGCAGGCGGCCACGUGCAAGUUAAGCAGGGUGCUGAUUAUGGGCAGAUUUCAGAGGAGACAUGGAUUUAUUUAAGCACACUGUAUGGAGGAGGCCCAGAGAUUGCUAUCAGACAGAACGUGGCCCAGGUCCAAGAACUGGAAAACCUACAUGGAGAGCAGAAGAUAGAAGCGGAGACGCGAGCUGUGUGA